AUGUGUCAACUCGAAGUUCUUGCUCAAGCGGUGAGCACUCAAGCACAAACCUUGAGCCGGUCAUGGCAUGAAGGCAAGGACCACGCUCUCUCCUCGUGCGACAGCCGCCGAACCACCAUUCCCCCAUUGGAUCCGCAGGGCGAGGAAGCAAGGAAUCAGCUCCUCGCUGCCCUACGUACCCUCGAGCAACUCGUUCUGGGCCCGAAGGAUACCAUGCAGAGCUUCUACUACAGGACGGCAGAAGCUGGCGUAAUCCAGGCUCUCUGUCAACUGCAAGUCCCGCGACACGUCCCUUUGUAUGGCUCGAUUUCCUAUGCAGACCUCUCGAAGAAAGUUGGCGUCUCCGAGGACCGCCUCAAACACCUGAUCCGAAUUGCAGCCGUGUGCUCAAACUUCCUCGCCGAAACAGAAGACGGUCUGGUUAAACAUAGCGAUAACUCACUUAUUUGGCAACUCGAUCCUUUGGCAGCUACUGGGAUGGAAGUCAUGCUCGAUCAUCUGCCGUCCUCAUCAUUCAAGCUUGGCGAGGUGUGUACCCAAGAUCCAAUGGACGAGAAGCAGGAAGUCUGUGGGUUCAGCCUGGCGCGUCAACAGCCGCUUUACUUGUACCUGGAAACGCAUCCAGCCGAGGGUCGAAGCUUUGCUGCCCACAUGCGGGCUCAAGCUGCGCAGUACGGUGACUCGGCUAUUCAGGCAUGCUACGACUGGAGCAGGUUGAAGGAGAAGACCAUAGUCGAUUGUGGGGGUUCCUUUGGCUCUGUCGCUGCAGCGAUCGUCCGCAAGGAGCCUACCAUCAAGUGUAUCGUGCAGGAUCUUCCGAAAGUCGUCGACUCGGCCAUCAAAGCUACUGCACAAGAUUCCAGCUUCCCGCAUGACUCAAUUAGCUUCCAAGCACAUUCGUUUCUCGAGACGCAGCCGGUGGUGGCAGACGUAUAUCUCUUCCGCAUGGUCUUCCACAACUGGUCUGAUGCUGGGGCUCGUCGCAUUCUUCAGGCGCUGCGUCCUGCUCUCCGACCCGGGGCUCGAGUCGUGUGCGUUGAGUACGUGAUGCCUCCGAUCGGUACCGCGCCAAGUUAUGCGGAGCUGGCCACCCGCAGACUUGACAAUGUCAUGUACACAUUGAUGAAGGGGAAGGUACGGGAACUCAGCGAGUUCAAAGACUUGUUCGAGUCUGUGGAGCCGGAUCUGGUCUUUGCAAGCUUCAAGCAAGGACAACUCAGGGCAACGCAUGAUCCUAGAUGCCAUUCUGUGCUGGAAUGGGUUUACAAACCUGCGAGCGUUCAGGGCGAAUCCGAGGCUCAUUCGUCCUGA